UGGAAAGCAGCAGUUCCUCAAAAAUCAGUCUGAGGCAGACGGAAAAGGGUAAACCCGUGUCUACAGCAGCAAGUGCAGUCGAACUGAGAGGAUUUGUGCCGCCGACGCGCUGAUAACCACCGCACAGAUGCCUGGCCCUAGGCCAUAACGGAUAUCACCCGACAUUUAUUUUUUCAUAUCAUCGUAUGGUUUAGCUGUAGGACGUCGAAUAACAACCGUUUGGUUUCGCCGAGUCGCGCCAUCGCUGUUGGUCUUUCAUUUGGAGGGCUCGCCCUUUCUCUGGGAGUCUGAAUGGAAGCAGCAGCCGAGGGAGCAGUUGGGCUGUCAGAGGCGAGACCGUUAUCCGGGGCUACAGCAUCAGAGGAUGCGGACACUGUCAUUGGAAUUAGCUACGGAAGGGACAGUGACAUGGACUAUUCUGCUAGAAAAGCACACAUCACAGAGCUGCCUGGUGUCUCGGGUCUACCAGGCCAGGGGAAGAGGAUGGGCCACAGGGGAGUGGAUGCGUCCGGAGAGACCACCUACAAGAAGACCACGUCCUCCGCCCUGAAAGGUGCCAUCCAGCUGGGCAUCGGCUACACGGUGGGCAACCUGAGCUCCAAGCCUGAGAGAGAUGUCCUCAUGCAGGACUUCUAUGUGGUGGAGAGCAUCUUCUUCCCCAGUGAAGGCAGCAACCUGACUCCAGCCCACCACUUCCCAGACUUCCGCUUCAAGACGUAUGCUCCUGUGGCCUUCCGCUACUUCAGGGAGCUCUUUGGGAUCAGGCCUGAUGACUACCUGUACUCCCUGUGUAACGAGCCCCUGAUUGAGUUGUCCAACCCCGGGGCCAGUGGCUCUGUGUUCUACCUGACCAAGGACGAUGAGUUCAUCAUCAAGACCGUCAUGCACAAGGAGGCAGAGUUUCUGCAGAAGCUGCUGCCUGGAUACUACAUGAACCUCAACCAGAACCCUCGCACGCUGCUUCCCAAGUUCUUCGGCCUGUACUGCAUCCAAUCUGGCGGUAAGAACAUCCGCAUGGUGGUCAUGAACAAUGUUCUACCGCGCGCUGUCCGCAUGCACCUCAAGUUUGACCUGAAGGGCUCCACCUAUAAACGCUGUGCCUCCAAGAAGGAGAGACAGAAAGCCAAGCCCACCUUCAAAGACCUGGACUUCAUGCAGGACCUGCAGGAUGGCCUGAUGCUGGACCAGGAUAUGUACAGCGCUCUGGUCAAGACCCUGCAGAGAGACUGUUUGGUGCUGGAGAGCUUUAAGAUCAUGGACUACAGCUUGCUGCUGGGGGUCCAUAACAUCGACCAGGCAGAGAGGGAGCAGCAGAUGGGGGGAGGAGAGAAGGAUGAGAAGAGGCCCGUGGCCCAGAAGGCCCUCUACUCCACCGCCAUGGAGUCUAUCCAGGGAGGGGCUGCCUGCGGGGAGUCUAUCGAAACAGACGACACGAUGGGAGGCAUCCCAGCAGUCAAUGGGAAAGGAGAGCGUCUACUCCUCUACAUCGGAAUCAUAGACAUCCUGCAAUCCUACAGGCUAAUAAAGAAGCUGGAGCACACAUGGAAGGCUAUGGUUCAUGAUGGGGACACCGUAUCAGUCCACCGUCCUGGCUUCUAUGCAGACAGGUUCUUCAAAUUUAUGAGCAGCACUGUGUUUAAGAAGAGCUCAUCCUUGAAGUCUUCUCCCAUUAAGAAGGGCCGUGUGGGCCUGACGGUGACUAAGUACACUGGCCCCGGGGCCGCCUGGUCAGCCAGCCAGCUGCCCUCUGAGAGAGACGACAACAUCUACGACCUGAGAGGAGCACGCAGCUUCCCCACGCUGGAGGACGAGGGGCGACCAGACCUCCCCUGCACCCCUCCGUCAUUUGAGGAGGCGACCACAGCCUCCAUCGCCACCACGCUCUCCUCCACCACCUCUCUGUCCAUCCCAGAGAGGUCUCCCUCAGACGCUGGAGCAGAGCACCCCCGCUACAGGUACCAGAACAACAGCUCUGAGAGAAGGAGGCACACCCAGUCUGUCAGCCAUGACGGGAGGACUCAGGAGGAGGUGCAUGAGGAGGAGCAGCAGACCAUCACGGUGGAGGUGGAGGUGAAGAGACACGACAGCGAGCCCACCAUCACGGCCCCACAGCCCUCUCCAGAGACCAGUGAGUUACCAGAAUUAGCCUCUGCUGCUGCCUCUCCCCCAGCCUCUGGGGCCCCUGCUGAAGCCUCUGCUGAGACCCCUGGCCCAGGGGCCACUGUCAGUCCCAAGGUUGUGGUUGUGGAGGCUGAGCGGGAACGCCGGGGCAGCACAGUGUCUGGGUCCGGAUGCACCAGCCAAGCCUCACAGGAUGACGAGGAUGACGUGCCAAUCACAGACAUCUACUUUCCCCCUGAGGACAAGACCUGGGUGUACUCCCCUCUGCACUACGGCAGUGAGUCUCAGACCUUGCCGGAUGGGGAGGAGAGCGAGACAAGCUGAGAGGAUGAUUCCGUGGAGAGAGGAGCCAUCAGACUGAUCCCCAGGCCUCUGAUUGGCAGGCAGCGGAAGCAUUCCAAUCCAGAACUGUAUUUUAAACCAUGGAUACAAAAACAAAACAGACUAAAUACUGUGAGGAAACCCCCUCGACAUCCCGUAGUCACAGUGGUGAUGAUACUGUAUGAUCGAUUCCCCUCCUUUCAACCCACCCCAACCCCAAAUUGCCAUACCAGAAGAAAUGCAGGAACUCAAAUUGCUAGGCUACACAUCUAGCAUGCCCCAUAAAAACAUGGGCAUUGAGGCAACUCUGCUAAUCCUCUCACAUUCCCACAUGUCGAUACAGUCAAAUGGUCACAUGUAUUUCAUUGAUAUCAUGUUAAUUUAUAUUGUGAUUUUCUUAGUUUAUUAUUGUUUUUUAAAUAUUUUUUAUUUGUGCACUUUUUUCAGACAUUUUUUAGUACUGUGAAUAUAUUUAGUUAUGUUGUGUGCUUCAAAUAUAGCUCUAGCAGCAAUAUUAACGUUGUUUUGUAGCUCUAGCAGCAAUCUUAACGUCGCUAUCGAAGUGGUACUUCACCGCUAUGUUGAAUGGUAUUUUACCGCUAUGUUGAAUGGUAUUUUACCACUAUGUUGAAUGGUACUUUACCAUUGGAGAGGGAACACUUUAUUUCCAAUAGAUGAAAAAUUAUCUAUAGAAUGUGUUUCAGAAAACAUGUCUUGGUAAAUCUCAUAAGCCUAAUGUAUUAUUUUACAGGUUUGUUUAUUCGUUGUUAGGUAUUUAUUUUGCCAUUUCUAUCACAGUAUUGCUACAGGCUUCUAGCCUCAAAACCAGAUCAUUGCAACACUAAAUAAGGUUGGGUAUUGUCAAUCAUUUCAAAAUCCUACAUCAUUACAAAGUCUUCCAGAACCGCCCAACUUUCAGAGAAAUGCAAACAAAUCAUUUUCUAAGCAUAAUGAUUCAUUGAGCUGUGUUAAUGUCAUGAAAUACCAAUAUUUCAGCAGUCAAAACUUGACUCUGAAUGUUAGCUCUGCUGGAGGGGAUUUAGGCUAAUGGAUUUGAUUACUUAGGCCAAAACACUCACAGUAUCACGUAUGUCCAGAAUUAAUUAAUACUUCUGUUAUUUAGUAAUAGUUAAUCUAAGGGAUUUCACGCUGCUCUUAGACAGCAAUUUUAUGUAUCAACCAUGAUCAGAUGUGAAAGUGAGGUCUUCAUCACAAUCAUCUGGUAUAGGAUUAGUGUUAUAGUAUUUAUGUGAAUUCCAUGUUUUAAGGUUUAAGUUGUGUUUCAAUAUGUUUUUAUUCCUUUUCUGUUUCACACUUGGCUGUUUAAGUUAGUUGGUGUGUUUUGUAUGUCUGUGCGGGACGGAAGGCGUCAAUGUCAAAACUUGUAAAAUACUGAUCAUUCUAUCAUAAUGUGCAGUGGCCAGUUGUAAUCAGUUGCUGCUGUCCAUGUCAUCAAGAAACCAUAGCAGCAGUAUGUUGUACAGUACAGGUGUAGUCUUAGUUUUAAUUGCCUUAUUGAGAAAUUAAAACGUAUCAUAUUGAUGUUUUUUUUUCAUAGUAGUGCUGUUGUAUUUAUUAUUUUCAAGUCCUUUUUUUCAAUACUGUAGUUGUGAGCCAGAAAAUGUGUAUAUACAAUUAUAAAUACAUAUAUAAAGAUUAUAAAUAUAUUUUCCAUUUGAAUUGGAGAAUAUUAUUUUUAUUUGAUUACAUUUUUUGCUGCUGGCAGGAAAUGAUUAAGAGCUACACAUGAUUUACUGUACCAUGUUCUUCAAGGUGUUGACAUGAUGCAGCUCGAUUUAUGGUUUAUAAAUCACAGCUGUUUUCUCUUUUUUUUUGUAUGAUAUCCGUUACUGAAGAGUUGUCAGUUUUACUGUACCAGUUUAGUGUACAUGUUUUCAAAUCACAGUGUGCCCUCCUUUACAUAGACAUAGCAUGGUUUAAAAAUGAAUAUGCAUAUGAGAAAUAUGUAUUUAUGUAUAUCUGUGUAUAUUCAUCUAUUUAUACACAAGGAUAAAUAGAUGGCUGUAUGUCUGUGUGUGUUUGGACUCUUACGAUGAGAAUGAAUAUAAAAUAAAGCAGUUCUAUGUCUAUGAUAUAGUGUAUUUGUCCAUGCUUCCAAAGUUGUCUGGUGACUUCCAUGUCUAUAUUGCUGAUGUUUGCAAGCAAGGGAAUUCCCUCCAUGUGUCUCUCUUGUGCUACUGUUCAGCGCAUGCUGUGAAAAACAUAAUUGUGCAGGUCUUGAUUUUUGUGUGGCCUUUUCCCCCCUAUUCUGUAAGAAGGGUUACAGAAGAUACAUUUUAAGAGAAGCAUAUUGACUAGCCUAGUAUAGAAUUCAGUAUUUUCAACUGGUGAGAAUAGCAACAUGAUGUUCACUGCACCCUACCCAAGAAUAUCUUUCUUUUGAAUUAUGCCAUCUUAUCUGAAGCAAUACUGGUGAAUGAGGAAGAUAUAAAGAAAAUGUUUCAUAACACUACUAUGAUUGGUCCUCAUCAAAACAGAAAUGUUUAAGUCUACCAGUCAGUUGUCAUCUGAGCUAAUUUAUUAUGGUGGGUGUGGCCCACAAGGAGAUCAUACUUACUGGACUGUUUACACUUUACAGCUUUUUGAAAAGUAGUACAGCUAUAACAAUACAAUACAACAGAGGGAAAAUGUUAAAAUGUGUUAUGCAAUCAAUCAUGUUUUUUUAUUAUAUCAAAUAUGAGGUCCUUAGGAAAUAUUUUGACAUUGGUCCAUAAUUUCCCUGUUCUAACAAAAUGUCAUGCAUGCUCUCAAACGCUGUUUGCACUGUUACCUGCCCAUAUAUUGUUACAGCUACGACCGGAAGUGACUUUCGUAGCGGGUUAGGAGAACUUACACAGCAGGUUAGGAGAAUUAACAUAGCAGGUUGGGAGAAUUAGGCUAACAUUAUUAAGGGUUAGGGCUUUGGAAAAUGCUCUCCUAACCUGCUACGAAAAUCACUUCCGGGUGUAGCUGUAUCAAAGUGGCGUGAAAAGGGUGUCUCUCAUUGUGGCUACAUGAUCUUGGUUUUGAUUGUUUUUGUGUUUUUGUUAGUAUUUUGCUUGAAUGUUUUACAUAGAGAAAAUAUGCCCUGUGAAAGAGCCCUCUCAUUAAAACAUUGAGCUAUAUCAGAGUGAAGUGACAUUAAAAUGUAUUCUCAACCGAAUUCAACUGUCAAAAGAGCAGGGAUGAAAUUCAAUUGUACAACCUUCUCUUAAUUUAUGUCAAUCAAAAGGUGGGUGAAAAAAAUAAAGUUCCAAAAUGAAUGCCAA